GAUUAACGGAUCAUACGACCUGCUGCCUUCCGGGAAGUGGGGUGUAUAUAUAUAUAUAAACCAUGUAAACAUUUGGAUUUCGAAGAACUGAGCAUCAGGUGGGGAGAGUCAGGAUACUUGAGGCCGCCGAUACUUCAAACAGUGAACUACGUAUUCACCUGUCUUAACAGUAGAAGUUUUAAUCCGUUCAUGAUGGUGUUAACAAGUGCUGGUGUUUUAGCAGUCGUUGCCUUGGUCGUGGGUUUGACUAACGGAGUGCCACAAGACCUGACGAAACAGAAAGUUUCACUGGCGCCCGCUUCCUUGAACACGACCUCUCCUGGCUGUGGCGGGUGCGGGGCAGGGGCGGUGCCGGGGACAAAGGUCAGGACUUGUGAGAGAAUGCUGCAAGACGCCGACUGCAUCGUAAUGAAACGGUGCAUCCACAGACGGCCUAAUUUUAUGGGCGGAGGAACAAUGUCAGUGGCGUGUCCACAGGUGACCAAAUGCAACAAAACUGAAAGCUUCUGCUGCAGCAACGCGUUUCCUGUGUACGCAGAAGCCCCUACCUCGGGACUGGAGACCGAUCUCGAGAGGAUAGAGCGACAUCUGGAGGGUCCCGUGGCAUGCGAAAUUCCAAACUGGACCACGUGGUCAUCGUGGUCAUCAUGCAGCAAGACAUGUGGAGGGUUUGGGUGUGGUCAGCGCACGAGGUUCAGGACCUGCCUGAACAAGGACCGCGUAGAAUGCAGCAAUUCUCACCACCAGGUGGAGACAGAGGCCUGCGGCAGCAGCGCCCCCUGUGAGACAAUUCAACAGAAACCGUGUCCACGCUACAGCGCCUUCUGGUGGGGAUGGUGGGGCCGGACCCAGAAGCAGGCUAACUGUGCAACUCGUGUUAACGAGUGUUGCAAAGGAUACAGCAACUAUGGGAGAAUGUGUCUAGAGAUCGCUUAAAGUUUGACACUUAACGAUUUCUUGUUCCGUAAUACAGUACAACACGCAAGGUUGUUAUAAAACCUGCAGUUAAAAAUGAACGUGUCACGUUUUUAACACGUUGUGCAGAGAAGUUGAACCGUCACCUUUUCUCUCUCUUUGCAACGAGUUUGUAUGGCGUCACCAUUUGCGCCUUUACUG